GCACGGCUCAGCCGCCGCCGAGGCUGCAUCCUCCGUCCUUACAGCCUGCUCACAAAAUGGACCAAGAAACCCUGGGAAGUGUUGUCCUGCUCGUCAUCGUCACCUUGAUAAGUGUUGUCCAGAAUGCUUUUUUUGCUAGCAAACUGGAGCAUGAAAGCAAACACUGCAAUGGCAAGGGGUUCCAGCGGCCAGGAUCCUCUGCCUUUGACCGUGUCUACACUGCUAACCAGAACUGUGGGCACGCGUACCCUACAUUUCUCGCUGUGCUCUGGUGCGCUGGCCUUCUCUGCAGCCAAGCUCCUGCUGCCUUUGCCGGCCUGAUGUACUUGUUUGUGAGGCAGAAGUACUUUGUGGGCUACCUUGGGGAAAGGACUCAGAGCACUCCAGGUUACUUGUUUGGAAAGCGCAUCAUUUUGUUCCUGUUCCUCAUGUCCCUGGCUGGAAUACUCAACUACUAUCUCGUCUUCUUUUUCGGAAGUGACUUUGAAAUGCAUAUAAAAACGAUAACCAGUGCAAUCUCUCCAUUGCUGCUCAUCCCCUAACUCCCUGCAGCACUGAGAGGGUCAGUGUGCUUAUUAUAUUGAUAACCAGAAGCAGCCAUAAUUCAACUGCUUAAGAAAUGAACCCGUAACCCUUUUAGACUGCUGUAAAUCUUGUGCUUGAUGGGCUUUGUAGCUUGAUUUAACCUUACUUUUUCCUUCCAGAAGAAAAGACUUAUCAUGAGCACUUGGCAU